AUGCAUCUCUGGAAGCACAAGUUUCGUGGCAAGACCUUGCAGGUCGCCAUGACUAUGGCGUCCUGCCAGGCUUUCCUUUUGCUUGGAUUUGAUCAGGGAGCGAACAACCGGUUCGGACGCGAUUUCAACAACCCGGAUACAGCAAUGCAGGGUAAUAUCACAGCGCUGUACGAUAUUGGUUGCGUGGUCGGGUCGAUUGCUUGUUACUUCAUCGGUGAGCGAUACGGUCGACGGGCGAUGUUGAUGACUGGUGGGGCCAUUAUGGUUAUCGGGACAGCUAUUCUGGCUUCGUCGUAUACGGUUGCGCAGUUGAUUGCUGGACGGAUAAUUACGGGUGUUGGGAAUGGGAUGAACUCGUCGACGGCGCCGGUAUAUCAGAGUGAAUGUGCACCGGCGUCGACGCGAGGUGCACUGUUGACCUUGCAGGGCACGGUUACCAUCCUAGGCGUGGUUAUCGCAUACUGGAUGGACUACGGCACCAGUUUCACCGAAUCCUCCUUCCAAUGGCGAUUCCCCCUUGCCUUCCAAGCCGUGUUCGCCGUCUGCCUCAUCCUCCAGGUCAUCGGCCUCCCCGAAACGCCUCGCUGGCUGGUCCAGCAUGACCGUCACGAAGAAGCACGCCAAGUACUCGCCGCCAUCGAGAACAAACCCUUGGAUGAUGCAGAAAUAAGCAAAUCAGUCCUGGAUAUCCAGACUGCGCUGGAAGAGGAAAGGAAAGACGGCCCCUUCCGUUUUAUCGAACUGUUCUCGUGGGGUGAAACACAGAAUCUGCGUCGCAUGCUCAUUACCAUCACCAUAGAACUGGGGCAGCAGUUUACCGGCUCCAACAUGAUCAACUACUACGCGCCCGUCAUGUUCCAGACGACGAUGGGACUCGGCAGGAAUCUCUCGAUGAUACUGGGAGGAUGCGUGCAGUGCACAUACCUCGUGGGAUCAUUCAUCCCAGUAUUCCUGAUGGAUCGCUUUGGUCGACGGACGCUUUUGAUCGUCUGCUCGGCCGGUCUGUGUCUGUGCUUUGUGAUGGUAUCGAUUCUGCUAUCAUUGGGCCAGAUGAACGCCGCCUAUGGAGCCACGGCCUUCAUUUUCCUGUUCCAGAUCUUCUAUGGCGCGGGCUGGCUCCCGGUGCCAUGGUUCUAUCCGGCAGAAAUUAACACCACACGAGUGCGAACCCGAAUGCAGGCCAUCGCUUCCGGCUGGAACUGGAUGGCGGUGUUUGCCGUGGUCAAGAUCACUCCAAUUGCUUUUGACAACAUCGGAUGGCGGACAUUUGUUAUCUUCGCCGUGCUCAAUGCCGCCUUCAUCCCGAUGGUCUAUUUGUUCUAUCCAGAGACCAAGGGUCUCGAACUCGAGGAUAUCCCGCUUCUGUUUGUCAAAGGAGGCUUCACGGGUGGCGUGUUUAGUUCGAAGGGAGGUAGAACGGUCGAACCCCGUCAACAUGCGCACAAUGUCCAGGUGGACAGUAAGCUGGAGGGGAUGUUGCAGCAAGUGGAAGAUACGGGGCAGGUAUGA